GGUAGAAGGCCCUGGUAUGGCUGGUACGUGGCGUCCUGAGGCAGGUCAGAGCCCUGGCUGUCUGGUCUGGUGAAGAUGGGGGCCUGGAGAAUCUCAAGUGAUGGUGGGUUACAAAGAAGAGGAGCGGAGCCCUGUGCCACUGCUUAGCACGGCAGAGCUGGCAGCUGAGCCUGCUGGAGGGCGGGUGUGAACCUCAGGACCUCAGUGGCUCAACCCCAGAGGAAGCAUGUCUAAGAAAAGCCGGAGCAAGGGCGAGAAGCCCGAGAUGGAGACGGAUGUGGUGCAGAUGGCCAACGAGGAGCUGCGGGCCAAGCUGACCAGCAUUCAGAUAGAGUUCCAGCAGGAAAAGAGCAAGAUGGAUGAAAUCAAAGGGAAGGAUCGAGUGAUCCUGGCCCUGGAGAAGGAGCUGGGCGUGCAGGCCGGGCAGACGCAGAGGCUGCUUAUGCAGAAAGAGGCUUUGGAUGAGCAGCUGGUUCAGGUCAAAGAGGCAGAGCGACACCACAGCAGUCCCAAAAGGGAGCUCCCGCCUGGCAUCGGGGACAUGGCAGAGCUCAUGGGUAGCCAGGAUCAACAUAUGGAUGAGCGAGACGUGAGGCGAUUUCAGCUAAAAAUCGCUGAACUGAAUUCUGUGAUACGGAAGCUGGAAGACAGAAACACUCUCUUGGCAGACGAGAGGAGUGAACUGCUCAAGCGCUCCAGAGAGACAGAGGUGCAGCUGAAGCCGCUGGUAGAGAAGAACAAGCGGAUGAACAAGAAGAACGAGGACCUGCUGCAGAGCAUCCAGCGCAUGGAGGAGAAGAUCAAGAACCUCACCAGGGAGAACGUGGAAGUGAAGGAAAAGCUGUCUGCCCAGAGCUCACUGAGGCGCCACACGUCGCUGGACGACCUUAGCCUGACCCGGGACGAGCAGGAGAUCGCCUUCCUGAGGCUCCAGGUGCUGGAGCAGCAGCACGUCAUCGAAGACCUCUCGCUGAAGCAUGUUGUGGAGACAUUUUUUGGAUUUGAUGAGGAGUCUGUGGACUCGGAAACAUUGUCAGAGACCUCAUACAACACGGACAGGACGGACAGGACCCCAGCCACGCCCGAGGAGGACCUGGACGACACCACAACGAGAGAAGAGGCGGACCUGAGGUUCUGCCAGCUGACCAGGGAGUACCAGGCCCUGCAGAGGGCUUAUGCGCUGCUUCAGGAGCAGGUGGGGGGGACACUCGAUGCCGAGAGAGAGGCCCGGACUCGAGAGCAGCUGCAGGCUGAUCUGCUGAGGUGCCAGGCCAAAAUCGAAGACUUGGAGAAGCUCUUGGUGGAGAAGGGGCAGGACUCCACGUGGGUGGAGGAGAAACAGCUUCUGAUCAGGACGAACCAGGACCUCCUGGAGAAGAUUUACAGGCUGGAAAUGGAGGAGAACCAGCUGAAGAGCGAAAUGCAAGACGCGAAGGACCAGAAUGAGCUGUUAGAAUUCCGAGUGCUAGAACUCGAAGAGAGAGAGCGGAGGUCGCCAGCCUUUAACCUCCAAAUCACCACCUUCCCGGAGAGCCACAGCAGCGCCCUCCAGCUGUUCUGCCACCAAGAAGGAGUGAAGGAUGUGAAUAUUUCUGAACUUAUGAAGAAAUUAGAUAUCCUUGGCGAUAACGGGAAUUUGAGGAAUGAAGAACAGGUUGCAAUAAUCCAAGCUGGAACUGUGCUUGCUCUGUGUGAAAAGUGGCUGAAGCAGAUAGAAGGAACCGAGGCAGCCCUGACUCAGAAGAUGCUGGACCUGGAGAAGGAGAAGGACCUGUUCAGCAGGCAGAAGGGCUACCUGGAGGAGGAGCUGGACUAUAGGAAGCAAGCCCUCGACCAGGCCCACCUGAAAAUCCAGGACCUGGAGGCCACUCUGUACAACGCGCUGCAGCAGGAGCCGGGCCAGAGGGCCAGCGAGGCCCUGAGUGCGGGCCAGCGCGAGGCUCUGCAGGCCGCCGUGGAGAAGGUGCGACGGCAGAUUUUGCGCCAGAGCCGGGAGUUCGACAGCCAGAUCCUGCGAGAGCGCAUGGAGCUGUUGCAGCAGGCCCAGCAGAGAAUCCGGGACUUGGAAGACAAGCUGGAGCUUCAGAAACGGCACAUGAAGGAGCUGGAGGAAAAGUUUUUGUUCCUGUUUCUGUUUUUCUCACUAGCAUUCAUCCUGUGGCCUUGAUGAUUCUGGGGAGCUGAGCACUCGGGUUG